AUGCGGUUUACCUCGUGGCUGUCGGCCGCUGGCCUGGCGGCGCUGGCCUGGGCCAAGAAAGAUACCACUUCACCGAAAGAUAUUGACGGGGAGGUCAAGAGCAUCGCGUUGCGAACGCACACGUUAGUUCAGCCAUAUCUUGACUCUGAUAUGCAAAGUCGGUGGUAUGACUUUGGCGGAGACACUAUUAUUCGAACGGAUUCAUAUAUCCGCCUUACGUCCGACCGACCUUCGCAAGCGGGAUGGAUCUUCUCCAGGGUUCCUCUCACGGCUACGAAUUGGGAGGUCGAAGUCGAAUUCAAGAUCCACGGCAAGAACCAGCUGUUCGGCGACGGUUUCGCGAUGUGGAUCACCAAGGAGCGAGCCUCCCCCGGUCCCGUCUUCGGCCACGCCGACAACUUCAACGGCCUCGGCGUCUUUUUCGACACCUACAAGAACAACCGCCCCGGCGUAGUCUUCCCCUACGUUAUGGCCAUGUUCGGCGACGGCAACACGCGCUACGACAAGGAGACCGACGGCAAGAACACGGAGCUUGCCGGUUGCUCGGCUCGCGGCAUCCGAAACGCUCAGGUCCCGACGAAGCUCAAGUUGACGUACUUCCAGGACAAGAGCCUCAAGCUGGAGCUUCAGUACAAGGCCGACGGCGAGUGGACGCAGUGCUUCGAGACCAACGAGCCGCCGGCGAUGCCUCAGAUCUCGUACCUCGGCUUUAGCGCCGAGACUGGCGAGCUCAGCGACAACCACGACAUCAUCUCGAUCCGGGCUAGGAACCUCUACAUCGCGCCCAGGUCCUCGAAGCCGGCGGCUGGUAAGAACAAGAAGCCGCAGAAGGCGCAUUCGUACCAGAAGAAGAAGAGCGGUUCUUGGCUCGGAUUCCUGGUCAAGUCGGUCCUCGUUUUGUUUGUCAUUGCGGGUUCUUAUGUCGCUUACACGGCAUGGAGGACGUCGAAGAAGUCCCACCGAUUCUAG